CGAGUUCUGACCUUUCAAAUCGACCACCAGUGACCACGAACACGGGCAUUUUCUACGAUGUCAACUUCUGCAAGUUGUCCUCAUGCUCGCGAAAUAUCUGCCUUGAGAGAGCCAAAACUAAGCCAGUCAGUUCAUAGGGAGGAAUGUACGCAAUGCUUUGAUAAUCAGGAUGGCCCUACGGGCAUCGAUGUUUGCUUGCUGUGCUUUAACGGAUCAUGUCUCGACUCAGAUCGUCAUCAUACGCGUACCCAUUUCCUCCGAUCAGGACAUUCAUUCACUCUGAAUGUGAAGCGUACCCCGAAGAAGAAGGUUUCGAAUCGCGCUGAUGGAGAAGAGCCACCGGCUAAAAUGAAAAGGCUUGCCAUAAAUGAGGAGCGCGAAGAGGACAAAUACGAGCACACCUCUGUGUUCAAGUGUUGGAAGUGUGAUCUGCAAAAUGGAAAAGAAGUAGCGAUCGACGGUGCAAAUACCAAGCGUCUAACUGAUGGUGUCAUGUUGUCGCUUUCAUCUGCACGUCAAUCUGAAGUUAAAGCAUGGGAAGAGGAGAUCACCGCUUGCGAACAUACACUUUGUCUGGAGCAGCUCCAGAGCGGGACUAUACCACAAGAAGGUCUAGCUCAUUGCGCCUCCUGCGAGCUCACUUCAAAUCUCUGGCUUUGCCUUACUUGUGGUGCUCUUGGAUGCGGUCGUGCCCAAUUUGGUAGCACUGGUGGUAACGGCCAUGCGCUGGCACAUUUCAAUGUGACCCAACAUCCUGUAUGCGUAAAACUUGGAACUAUUACGCCUGAGGGCGGAGCUGACGUAUACUGCUACGCAUGUAAUGAUGCCCGUGUCGACCCAGAGCUUGCAACCCACCUCGAUACCUUUGGUAUCAAUAUAGCGGCACAGAAGAAAACUGAGAAGAGUAUGACUGAACUUCAAAUCGAUCAAAAUCUCCUGUUUGACUUCUCCCUCACGGCCGAGGACGGUUCUGCGCUUCAGCCGAUCUUUGGUGCUGGUGCUACGGGUCUCAGUAACCUCGGAAACAGUUGCUAUAUGGCCUCGGUUCUCCAAACUCUGUUCUCACUCCCCCUUUUCCAAAUGCGUUAUUAUGGUAAAGGACCUUCCGCCACGAGUUCCAUUUAUGUCUCUCCGAGAGCAGCCACUCACUGGGCGAACUGCACUCAAGCCCUCCCUGCAGAUUGCCUGGAAUGUCAGAUGUUCAAGCUUGCUGAUGGUUUACUCAGCGGACGGUACUCUAAGCCUCACUCAGAUCAUGAACAGGCUCCGACUAACGCUCUCGCACACCCAACACCUGAACAUACGUCUUGGCAGGCGGGCCUGAAGCCAGCAGGACUCAAGGCUCUCGUUGGUAAGGGACACGCUGAGUUCGCCACCAUGCGCCAGCAGGAUGCGGAAGAGUUCUUCGGUCACCUAUUGACGGUACUUAGACGAUUCAAUCACCAAAAUACUCGCGGCGUAUCAGAAGAAUCUGAACCAACCGAAACGUUUGCCUUUGGCCUCGAGCAACGUCUUCAGUGCCAGUCCUGCCACAGGGUUAGGUAUCGCGUGGACACGAUGGAUGUCCUUAGUCUUGGUGUACCCGCUCAUGAACUCGCGGGUGGCGAAGCGGAUACGGGUCCGGGAGCGGUGGAACAAGGCACCCCAGACGAAGAUGGUCCCGGAAAGAAGCGGUACCGUUCCGUUUCUUUGGAGCAGUGCUUGAACCUAUUGCUCGGACCGAGUGGACAAGAAGCUCUGGAGUACCAGUGUGAGGGAGGCUGCGGAAAAGUACAUGCCGUCAGGCAGAUGCAGUUUACUACUUUCCCUGACGUUCUGGUGUUGCACGCAAAGAAGUUCCAGCUUGUGAACUGGGUCCCCACGAAGCUAGAUAUACCUGUGAUCCUUCCCGAGAAUGACGAACUUAAUCUCGAUAACUACCUCGGUCAUGGACUUCAACCUGGCGAAGUGGAGCUACCAGAUAGCUCCAAUACUUCAGGUCCUUCACAGCCCGAAGUUGACGCCGAAGCACUCUCUCAGCUUGAGGCUAUGGGCUUCCCUACCGUCAGUUGUCAGAACGCUCUCAUUUCAACGGGCAACGCUGGGGCUGAAGUCGCCAUGGAAUGGUUAAUUAUGCACAUGGAGGACCCAGACAUCAACACACCCAUCCAAACAUCAGGUUCUGGAAAUGGCAAUGCACCAGAACCACCCGCAGAGCAAGUAGCGAUGCUUGCUGAUAUGGGCUUUACGAGUGCGCAAGCUAAGAAGGCGUUGAGGGAGACUGGCGGAGAUGUAGAACGCGCCGUCGAAUGGCUAUUUAACCAUCCCGAUGACACUGGUGAAGAUACCUCGCCCGCCACUUCAUCUUCAGAAGCCACAAAGGCACCACCUGGUUCAUCCCGCUUGCCUGCUCGAUACAGGCUGAAGGCCUUCAUAUCACACAAAGGCCCAAGCGUUCAUUCGGGACACUAUGUUGCACACAUUCGUAUGCCGAGAGGCGAUGCGAUGGAUGUGGAUGAUGGUGGUGGAGAUUGGGUUCUUUUCAACGACGAGAAGGUUGUGCGAGCGGAUGGAACGAGCGUCGAGGAUUUGAAGAAAUUGGCGUAUAUGUAUGUUUUCGAGAGGGCGUGAAAGAAGAUGUGAACAGGCGAAAGCUAAGUUGUGCUAAAGACGAAAUGCUCAGGUGUAUUUCUAGUUUACACGUGCUGGAUCGGAAUGUAGAGUUAUCCUCAGGCGGUCCUCGUUACCACCUCAGACCAGUCAAGGAUCAAUCGCUCAUGAUCUUUGUGAUCGGUCCACCAGCGUUUUGAAAUGUCACUCUCCUCAGCAGACCUCGGCUCGCCCGGGUGCACUUGGACAAGUCUAAAUGACUUCCUGUGGCUUG